CCCGCUUCCCCACUGUUGCCGGCUGCCAUGAGUAGGGAACUCGAACGCGUGAGCGUGAACGAUUUAACGCCGCUGCUUUUUCUGGAGCACUAUGCUGUGGCAAACCGUCCGGUGGUGCUCUUGGAGGCGGUCCAGAAAUGGCCCUGCUGGCGUCUUUGGCGCGACGAAGACGGCCAGCCGAAGCUGGCACAGAUGGCGGAGGACUUCGAGAAAUGCGACGGUCCGGUGGUGAACUGCGAGAACGACCAACAGGAGACCUGGAAUGUGGCGUCCUUCCUUCGAUGCUUGGAGCAAGAUCAAGGCUGCGAACAUCUCUACUUGAAGGAUUGGCACUUCGUUCAGGCCUGCAAGACGGCGCAGACGGAGGUGCCUUAUGAGGCGCCGGACUUCCUGAGUGCCCCGCUCCAUGACUGGCUGAAUGACUUCAAGCAGCAGUCAAAGCCGGAGGAGGACUAUCGGUAUUGCUACGUUGGCGCGAAGGGCACCCGCACAAAGUUGCACCACGAUGUGCUCUUGUCACACUCCUGGUCUGCCAACAUUUGUGGCCGAAAGAAGUGGAUUUUCUAUCCACCAGACUGCAAAGAUCAGCUUGAAAUCAGGCCGGGGCAUUGGCCAGCCUCCGCGCAGCCGGACUGCUACGAUGCCAAGGAAUUCCCGGAGGCAAAACAAGCCUUCGAGCGACGCAUCGAGGUGAUCCAGGAGCCGGGCGAGCUGAUCUUUGUGCCCAGCGGUUGGUAUCAUGAGGUGGAGAAUUUAACGCUGGCAAUUUCCAUCAACCACAACUGGCUGAAUGCCAGCAAUGUGGAAGAGGUUUGGCAGUUUCUCCAUGCGGAGUUUGAAAGGGUCAAGGAGAAGAUCGAUGAUGUCAUAGACGCCUUCGAAUCGGAAGGAGAGGCCGCCUGGAUCGACCACUGCAACAAACUCAUG